GAAUUCUUCACCCAAAUUACCAAUCUGGCCCUCAUAGCCUGCAUCUCCCAUUACAAGGGCGUGUAGUCACAAGUCUGCUUGAACGAGCAAAAAUGGCAGAGGCAUCUGACGAGGCCAACGACAUCGAGAAGCUCUACGAGUAUGGCGAACGCCUCAACGAGGCCAAAGACAAGUCCCAGCAUACCGGGGACUAUGAAAAUAUACUUACUACAGCUAAAAGUAGCACCGUCAAAGCGAGGCAAUUAGCUGCACAGCUCAUCCCGAGGUUCUUCAAGUACUUCCCUAGUUUGUCUAUCACUGCGGUAGAUGCCCACCUCGAUUUAUGUGAAGCCGAAGAGCUUGGGAUUCGAGUGCAAGCCAUUCGUGGGCUUCCUCUUUUCUGCAAGGAUACACCGGAAAACCUCUCCAAAAUAGUUGACAUACUCGCUCAGCUUCUUACUGCUGAAGAAAAUGUAGAACGCGAUGCAGUACACAAAGCCCUUUUAUCCUUGUUGAGGCAGGAUGUGAAAGCGUCACUGACGGCUCUCUUUAAGCACAUUGAGAGUAUCGAUGAGCAGAUGACUGAUGAAAAUCUUCGUGAGAGGACAUUAAUAUUUAUUAGAGACAAGGUUUUCCCUAUUAAAACAGAGCUCCUGAAGCCACCAGAACAAAUGGAAAGACAUAUUACUGAUUUAAUAAAAAAGAGUUUGCAAGAUGUGACUGGAGCGGAAUUUAAGAUGUUUAUGGAUUUUCUGAAAAAUUUGAGCAUUUUUGGAGAGAAAGCACCCAAGGAGCGUAUACAAGAACUUAUAGAGAUCAUUGAAGGCCAAGCUGAUCUUGAUGCACAGUUCAAUGUUGAAGAUGGAGACCACAUUGAUCGGUUGAUAUCAUGCUUGUAUAUGGCUAUUCCAUUUUUUGAGAGGGGUGCAUCGAACAGCAAGUUCCUCAAUUAUCUGAACAAGCAUAUUUUCCCUGUUUUUGACAAGCUUCCUGAAGAUCGAAAAGUAGACCUGCUCAAAAACCUCGCAGAGAGUUCACCAUACACAGCACCCCAGGAUUCAAGACUUGUCCUUCCCUCUGUAGUCCAGCUCUUGAAGAAAUACAUGCCUCGACGAAAAGCAGGAGAAGAGAUGAAUUUCACAUAUGUUGAAUGUCUGCUUUAUACUUUCAAUAAUUUAGCUCACAAGGCUCCAAAUGCCACUAAUAGCUUGUGUGGUUACAAAAUAGUUACUGGACAACCUUCAGACAGGCUUGGGGAAGACUUCUCAGAGUGUUACAAAGAUUUCACAGAGCGGUUAAAGUGUGUUGAAGAACUUGCCAGGGCAACCAUAAAGAAAUUGACUCAAGGGCUGGCUGAACGCAACAAAGACAUAGCUGCAGCAAAAACUGAUGAAGAAAAAGCUAAAAUUAAAAAUCAAAAGCAGAAUGCUACAGCUGGAUUACGAACCUGCAAUAACAUCUUUGCUAUGACACAGCCUCUACAUUCAAAGUCUCCCACGUUUGUUGGGGACAAAAAGAUUAACCUUUCAUGGAAGGAGAUCCCAAAAUCCUCUGCACAAUCAACUGCUAAUGCAGCUGGAACAAAGCGUUCAGUUGAUGCUGUAAAUGGAUCUGGGAGUAUGGCUUCAAAGAAGGGGCGUGGAGCUGGCAAUCCUCACCAUCUGGUUAACAGGGCUUUUGACGGUCUGGGAUAUAGUGGUAGAAGUGGUGGUGGAAGGGGACGAGGUUUGGGAUGGGGUCCACGUGGUAGGGGAAGGGGAUAUCGCUAACCUAGUUUUCUGCAAGAUGGGUUAUUCAUAGCUUAAAGUUAUGCACUCUUGGAAAUUUGACGGGAGGAACGAACUAUGUCAUGAAAAGGAGAGUAGAGAUGACCUUUUCAAAUCACAUCACCAUAUUUUUCCGAGCCACAAAUGAUAUGGGUUGGUACUCAGAUUAUGUAUGUUUUUAGAAAGAGGAUUUUUAUUUUAACUUACAUCACCUUCAAGGAUGGUUAACUUGAGACAUUCCAUUGAGGAAGAACAUUGGUCAUGCAAUGAUGCGAUUAUGCAAUGCAAGGAAAAUUAUUAUAUUCGAACCUUUUCAAGUAAUGUUGACGUUAUUGUAAUGCUUCAUGUUGUCUGUGUUCGUUGCGUCAAUGCACCCAGUCUUCCUCUUGUGUUCU